CCUGCUUUAAACCUUGACUCUCAGUUUGACAAACUCACAGAACCUUGAGCAAGAAGAGGGAGGAACAAACAAAAAUGGUUGUUUUACCAGUGUUGUUCCUGUUGGGGCCGCUGUUUCUCAGUGGUCCUGCAGAGGCCCAGACCGUAUCUGAAAUACUGAAACAGGCUGCACUCAGCUUGAACACACCUCUGGACUGUAACAAAUGGGACUGCAAAUGUGCCUUUGAUCACCAGCGUGGCUGCUGCUGUGCUGCCAAAGACAUGUUUCAACUAGAAGAUGACACCUUCAUAAGGACUAAAUCUUUGUGGCACAAUAUCAGAGCACUGAAAUACAGAGUAAAGGAGCUCACAGACGGUGUCCGGGCUGCCUUCAAAGCUUCAAAUAUUACCUCUUCAACUUCUGGAUCUAGUGAAGCCUGCUUUGGUCCUUUCAAUACUAAUGUGCCAAUCCCAUACUCCUAUGUGACUCUUAACCAUGACAAUGGAUAUAACCCUGCCUUGGGUACCUUCACGGCCCCUGUUGCUGGUGUGUACGUCUUUUCCGUCACAGUCUUCUCACAAGUGGAAGAGAAUGAGCGUCUCUACCAUAAUGUCCAAAUGAUGAAGAAUCAAGAACCGAUAGUCGGCGUGUGGGAAAACAAUCGAGAAGACUCUGAGGACAACGCUAAUCAGAACGUGGUGCUGGAGCUGCAGAGAGGCGAUCAGGUGUACAUUGUACUGAUAUCCGGGAGAAGGCUCUGUAAAUUGCUGGGAGAAAAUAUCUUUACUGGUUACAUGCUGUACCCCCACGCCGACCCUUACAUUGAUAUGUAUGAAUAAUACACUUUCAGACUCCAGGACCUUAAAUGAAAACAUUUGCAGUAAAGUCGUUCACACACUGGUUGAUUUGUGCAUUUGUAUGUAGGCAUUUAAGAUUAAUGAUAGCAUGAAAAGGGAUAAAUAAAUAUAUAUGAGCAUGCAUGGCAAUAACCAACACUACAAUGUAAGUCUGUGUG